ACUUCUACCUCAGACUAUCAAUGAUUAUGCCGACGUGCUUUUUACUUCUUUUGACAAACGCAUUUACGACAUCCACUGGAAACAAGUGAACUUCCUCCGCUCCUGACCGCUGAUCCUGGCAGCGGGUUUUCCUCCUCCUACUCCUCUCUUCUAUCCAGCAGCAGAAGCCCGACUCAGGAGAAGGAAUGGUAGCCAGUUAGCUAACGGGCAAAAACAGUUGGGUGUACUCGUCUAACGCCGUUGCCUAUUUGGUUAUAAUCAUGAAUUUAUUACCGUCCAAUCCACACGGGAACGGGCUUCUUUAUGCUGGAUUUAACCAGGAUCACGGUUGCUUUGCUUGUGGGAUGGAGAAUGGAUUCCGCGUCUACAACACAGACCCUCUCAAGGAGAAGGAGAAACAAGAGUUCCUGGAGGGAGGAGUUGGCCACGUGGAGAUGCUGUUUAGGUGUAACUACCUGGCGCUGGUGGGAGGAGGGAAGAAACCCAAGUACCCGACUAACAAAGUGAUGAUCUGGGACGACCUGAAGAAGAAGACGGUGAUCGAGAUCGAGUUCUCGACGGAAGUGAAAGCGGUGAAGCUUCGGCGGGACAGGAUCGUGGUGGUGCUCGACUCCAUGAUCAAAGUGUUCACCUUCACGCACAACCCCCAUCAGCUGCACGUCUUCGAGACCUGCUACAACCCCAAAGGUCUGUGCGUGCUGUGCCCCAACAGCAACAACUCCCUGCUGGCGUUCCCCGGAACGCAUUCGGGCCACGUGCAGAUAGUGGACCUGGCCAACACCGAGAAGCCCCCCGUCGACAUCCCCGCCCACGAGGGGGCGCUCUGCUGCAUCGCGCUCAACCUGCAGGGAACCAGAAUAGCAACAGCUUCGGAAAAAGGGACUCUGAUCAGAAUCUUCGACACGUCAGCGGGGCAGCUCAUCCAGGAGCUGAGGCGAGGCUCACAGACCGCCAACAUCUACUGCAUCAACUUCAACCAGGACGCAUCCCUGAUCUGCGUGUCCAGCGACCACGGCACAGUGCACAUCUUCGCGGCCGAAGACCCCAAACGGAACAAGCAGUCAAGCUUGGCGUCAGCCAGCUUCCUCCCCAAGUACUUCAGCUCCAAGUGGAGCUUCUCCAAGUUCCAGGUGCCAUCGGGCUCCCCCUGCGUGUGUGCCUUCGGGACGGAGCCGAACGCCGUCAUAGCCAUCUGUGCAGACGGCAGCUACUACAAGUUUCUGUUCAACCCAAAGGGCGAGUGUUCCCGAGACGUGUACGCCCAGUUCCUGGAGAUGACCGAUGAGAAAAUAUGACCCUCGUGACUUCCUGUUGAGCAACACUUCUUUUUUUUUUUUGUUACUUUCUCUUCUUUUUUUUUCUAAAUAAUUAUGAGAAGUCCUACUUUGCACUUCACCUUAUCUGCAGAGACUCUGGGGGAAGAAAAAAAAAAAAAGAAAGAAUGAAAAACCAAAACAGAGCACCAGAUGAAGAGGACAAAGAAAAACAAAGCACAGACUUUGAGUGACUCCACUCAAAGAUGGGAGGCUAUGACGUGCCGGCCUCACUCCCAAACCAAACCCACUGGCGACGAGGGGGAACGUUUUUUUUUUUUUUUGUUUUUUUUCUGAAACUAAAACAGCUUUUAAGACGUCUUCCGGGGUAGUUUUUUUUUUUUUUUUUUUUUUGAAAGGGUGGCUAUUUUUACUCCCACAGACCAUCCGGAUAGGUAGACGGCUUGGACAACUAACACCACCUAACCAAACUACAGGGAGCGUGCCUCUAAAACUCGAGAGAACGCGUGUUGUGUGCACGCGUCGUCGCCGGCAGACGCGCGCGUGCUCGCGUGUGCGCCAGUGUAUAAAACAAGGCGCGCGCAAGGCUAGAUGGGAGCGGGGCGGAGAAAGGUCGUCCUCAGAGCAGUUCCCAAGUUUCCUUUGUUGCUGUAUAUACACCCGACGGAACUGCUUAACCACACGGAGCUGUACAGAACAGUAGCUUAAACAAAAAUUAACCUGUAUUAUUGUUAUUUUUUUAUUUGUUGUGCAAUACCUCGUUUCCACGAACGGUUUCGUUCUUUGGUUGGAAAGUUUGCGAGCGAAAGCGUUUUGAGAAGAGCGGUUCUAAAUAUUUACGGCAAGAUUAUAUUCCGUCAGACGGCGAAAGUUGAGCCAAACGCGAGCUCUUUACGUUUGCAUGUUAAGAAUUAAUUUUUUUUUUUUUUUAAAUCGAUUUUUUUUUUCUAAUCAAAUUUGGUUGCUCUAGCCGCCUCAGAGGCCCAGAUGAGCUGUGGGGGGAAAGUAUGAAGGACGAUUCGACCUAAUUGCAUUUCACCUUUAUGUUCCAUUAUGAAAUCAGCUGGUUCGGCCUCGGGUCGAGAUGUCUUGUCUGCAUCCACCACAGUGAAACUAGCCGGCAGAGGCUAGCUUGUCACAGCCUUCUGUUGAAUUUGUUGGAAAAAAAGAAAAGAAAAACACCUUUAUUUUCGUUGCUUCCUGCGUCCGACGGUGCGUUUAGCAGCCGCAGCGCUCGGCAUACCGUGGGAAGGUAUGCUGCGCUCCCCGAGCACUCAGCCGACUGGUUUCAGAUACUCAGAAUGAUUGUAAAAUGUGCAUUUAAAUCUGUGAAUAAAAUUUAACAUUGCUUUUCCA